AUGCUGCGCUCCUCCUCAGACUUCUCCACCUCCACCUUCCUCUUCCUCCGCCUCCGCUCCUCCUCUCCUCACUCGCCCUCCGGUUCUCCUCGGCACCUGGAUGUACAUCGGGCUGCGCGCCUUUUCAGCGUUCGGCCCUCGCGUGACUGGGUACCGCACGCCGACAACAUGGGUCGGCGGAUUUGGUGUUCGGGGUCCAAGCUGACAACCGAGGAUGAUUUUGACAGUAUGCUGAAUCACGGCAUGCCCAAACAGCCUUUUGUUUGGUGCUGCUUCCCAUUGGACCGCGUAGGUUGUGGUGUAAUCGGCAUGGCGGGCAUGACGUAA